AUGCUCCGACCAGAAUUGAUCGUACCACCAAUUGUUGAAAAACUCUUUGCAUCCAUUGACAAUACAAAUGAACCACAUCGAUUCACAUCGAUCAUGACUUGUCUAACACGUAUUACUCGUCAAUUAGUACGACAAACACCUGGUUAUUCUCAAGGACAAACUUAUGUGUUACCAUUAAUCAUGUCUGUGUUACCAGGUAUUGAUUUGAAUGAUUUCAAAAAGACAUUAGUUACAUUGGAAUUUCUCAAUACAACAUUUAUGCUUAUUACAUGUGUUGAUUGUUCAUCAGCAGUACAUAUUCGAAAUGAUCUAACCGAGGUGAUUGUUUAUUUUGGUUUUGACAAAAAGUUGUUAUCUUUACUUUCAUUUUGA